GGAUCAUCAUUUUUUGUUUGAUUUACUAUUGAAAAAAUUUGCUGACAAUCCGACAAAACAAAACUCGAAACAAAAUGAAACUCAUCUCUAUCUUGUUGAUUGGAACUUUAUUCACCGUUGCAAUCGCGGCCAACAUUCCCGAACCUAAAAAUGGUAUUAGCAAAGAUGAAUUAAUCCAUCAUGUUGAAAAUCUAAUCCAUGAAUCACAGAAUCAAUUGUCCAAACAUAAACAUACUGAACAAAAUCAUAAAACUGUUGAAGAAAUUUAUGAAUGUAUUGAUCAUCUUGAAGUAAUUCAUCGCCGAUUGGAACGUGGAUUGAAUGAAACAACAUUGAAAAUUGAAGAAAAUAUGGUUAAUAAUUAUGAUCGACGAUUACAUGAAUUAUUUAAAAAAUUAUAAAUGAAAAAGAUUAUUAUCAAAUUAUCGAGAGAUUUUCAAUUAUAA